CUGGGGCGGGCUGGAAGUGGGGGUUCGCGGAGUAGGGGGUCGGCGGUAGGUCUCGGGGCCGGGGGACUGCGCGGAGUCGGGGUGUCGGCUGGCCGCGCCGCGUUGGGCGGGGCAGCCUGCGGUUGCGGGGUGCCGGCUCCGCGCCUCCCGGCGUUCGGUCAGUUUCUGUCGAGCAUCUGCCGGCACCCGAGGGACGGGGCGGCGUGGGGGACAAACGGUAUUCGGGAGGACCGCGCUCGCGGCCCCCUGCCCCGACCUUCCCGGUGCGCAGGUGUGUGCGGCGUAAUUCUGGAUGUUGCACUGAGUGAGCUGACAGUGGGCCGUCGCCAUUUCAUUGACGUUUAGGUGGUGUCCAGUUUUUUGCCGUUAGUAAGUGACACCCUACGGGAUGUAUCUGUGCUAGCGGAUCUUUAUCUGGCUUACGUUGCUCCGUUAGAAUUACGUGUGUCCUCGGCCGUGUGCCCCGGAGGCGGGCUUCCUUGGCCGAGGGCUUGAGCACGGUUCUUCCCGACGCCCUGCGACAGUUGCGCAGUUCGGUUCCUUCAGACUCUAACAUGUUUAUCCUGUGGUUGCCACGAACUCCCUCACGUUAAGUCCUGAGCUGUUUUUCUUUUGGCAUUUCUUUAUUGCCAAUGAGAAUUUUCCGGUUUUAGGUGUUAAGCAAGUAUUUACUGAAAAACCCAUUAAAAUUUUUCAAAACUGAAUUGAAUUCCUUUUUUCUCCAGCGUCCCCUGAUUAUUCUUUUGUAACUAGUGUGUAUUGUGUAGGCAGCAGCCUGGAAACAAGCGGAAGGUCCUCAGGACGAAGUUGUGAAAGUGCCCAGCCUCUGUGGGUACUUAGUGAAUUGGAGAAUGCGCGUCAGCGUGAGACCGCAGCCUCCUUACUGAGAUGUGGCUCCAGCUUUAGCAGGAGCCCCUCUCAGUGCGUGCACCGCCCCCAAAGUGGAGAGCAAUGAAAGCCAUCUCCAGCGCUGUCCCCAUCUGCCCCACGAUCUGCCUCCGCCCUCAGUGCUGUUCCCAUUUCAUGAAGAAGCCAGGGUUUUCGCACCUUCCCGUUUUUGUGUGUUUAUAUAAAAGCGUAAUUUUAAACGUAUUUGUACUAGAGAACGCACCUCGUUCUACUUGUAUUUCAGUUUGUUGAGACACGUCUCUCUCCCCCACUACGUGGUAUACCUCCAUGAAUAACUUAAAUGACCCCCCAAAUUGGAAUAUCCGGCCCAACUCCAGGGCUGAUGGGGGUGAUGGAAGCCGAUGGAAUUAUGCCCUGUUGGUUCCAAUGCUGGGAUUGGCUGCUUUUCGUUGGAUUUGGUCUAGGGAGUCCCAAAAAGAAAUAGAGAAAGAGAAGGAAGCGUACCGUCAGAGAACGGCUGCUUUCCAGCAGGAUCUGGAAGCUAAGUACCACACCAUGAUCUCAGAAAAUCGGCGUGCUGUUGCUCAGCUAUCUUUGGAACUUGAAAAGGAACAAAACAGAACAACUAGUUAUCGAGAAGCCCUUAUCUCUCAGGGGCGAAGGUUGGUAGAAGAAAGGAAACUGCUGGAACAGGAACGCGCUCAGGUCAUGCAAGAGAAGAGACAGUUGCAGCCCUUGAGAAAUGCGUACCUGAGCUGCCUGGGACAGGAAGAAGACUGGCAGAGGAGAGCCAGGCUUCUGCUGAAAGAGUUUGAAGAUGCUCUGACGGAAAGACAGAAUAUCUACUGCAGCCUGCUUCUCCCUCGCCACAAGCGACUGGAAAUAGAGAAGAGCUUGCUGGUUCGAGCAUCCACUGACCCUGUUGCUGCUGACCUAGAGAUGGCAGCUGGCUUGACUGACAUAUUUAAGCAUGAUACAUACUGUGGGGAUGUCUGGAAUACCAACAAACGCCAAAAUGGGAGACUCAUGUGGCUAUAUCUGAAAUAUUGGGAAGUAAUUGUUGAACUGAAAAAGUUUAAGAAAGUAGAGAAAGCCAUACUAGAAAAGUAAGAGAAGACUGGAAUAAAGCCUCUUAACAACUCAAAGUCAGAUGGUCGUUGUGGCAUUCUGGGCUAUCCCAUGUUUUCUCCUGUGCUGUGGCCACAGAGUGGCCUCCCACUCCUGCCAACCUCUGAGCAGGACAGCGAGGCCUCAGGAGACAAAGGGUUUGCUCCUUGAUCCCCUUCAGCUAUUAAGGACACAGUUUCUCAGAAGCAUUUUUUAAGCUGUUAAUAUUUUAUUAAGCAGAACAGUGUAACCUCAUAUGUUAGGUCUAGGGUAAAAAUUGUUUUAAGAAUGUCAAAUACAGUAUUGAUCCUCAAUAUAAAUAAUUUUCUGUCUGGUUUUAUCACUUCCUAAAUAAAGCAUGUUUUCUCCUCGAA